ACAGCAGCCGGGAGGGGGAGCUGAGGAAGUGGGGAAUGGGAGACACAGUGACAUAUAAAGGGGAAUUGCAUAGGCCUGUCCUGCAUUUUUAUUUCACGUUUUCCACAAGGUUCAUGAAUGCAAAAUGAAGCUAUUUCUCCUAAGCUGCUUGCUGUUUUCUUGCUGUUGGCAAGCUGGGGCAGUGAACCGUGAGUACUACUUGGGCAUUACAGAGACUGAGUGGAACUACGCGCCCGGCAGUGCCAAUGCCAUCUCGGGGCAGCCUUUUGCAGAAGAAGAGCAGGCUGAAGUCUUUCUCAAAAGAGGACCACAUAGGAUAGGAAGCACUUACAAGAAGGCUGUCUACACUCAGUACACCAAUCAUUUAUAUGAUGUGAUAGUUGACAAACCUUCCUGGCUGGGGUUUUUAGGUCCUAUAAUUAAAGGAGAAGUUGGCGAUUCCAUUACUGUCCACUUGAAAAACUUCGCUUCAAGAAACUACACACUGCAUCCACAUGGUGUAACAUAUACAAAAGAAAAUGAAGGUGCUUUUUAUCCUGACGCCACCAAAGAUUUGCAGAAGAGAGACGAUGCUGUGGAGCCUGGAGGUCAGUACACUUACACAUGGGACGUGACAGAAGAUCAAGGGCCAGCUCCAGGAGAUGCAGACUGCAUAACCAGGGCUUACCACUCCCACAUAGAUGCUCCAAGAGAUGUUGCCUCAGGGCUUGUUGGACCUUUGAUAAUUUGCAGGAAAGGUACAAUGAAUAGGGACAGUGAUCAACACUUUGAUGCUGAAUUUAUCCUUAUGUUUUCUGUGAUGGAUGAAAAUCUCAGUUGGUAUCUAGAGGAAAAUAUCAGAACAUACUGUUCUGAGCCUUCCGAAGUGGACAAAGACGAUGAGGACUUCCAAGAAAGCAAUAAAAUGCACUCCAUCAAUGGAUACAUGUAUGGAUACCUACCAAACCUCACAAUGUGUGUGGAAGAUAAGGUAAAAUGGCAUCUUUUUGGCAUGGGUAAUGAAGCUGAUAUCCAUUCAGCAUACUUUCAUGGACAGACCUUAAUAGAAAGGCAUCAUCGAGUUGACACCAUCAGCCUCUUCCCAGCCACAUUCGUUGAUGCUGUCAUGACACCAAGGAGCCCUGGGGAAUGGCUGCUUAGCUGCCAAGUGAAUGACCAUAUUGAAGGUGGUAUGCAGGCCCUUUUCAAGGUAGAAGACUGUAAGAAAUCCACACCAGCUCACAAUGAGAGUACAAAGAUAAGACAGUAUUUCAUUGCUGCUGAGGAGAUCAUCUGGAAUUAUGGCCCAUCUGCAAUGAACCAUUUUACAGGACAAGAAUUAAUCAUUGACAGUGAAUCUCACAUCUUUUUUGAACAAAGUGAGACAAGAAUUGGUGGCUCUUAUAAAAAAGUAAUUUACAAAGAGUACACAGAUGGUUCUUUUACUGAACAUAAAAAAAGACUCGCAGAGGAAGCACAUCUUGGACUCUUAGGACCUGUUAUCAGGGCUGAAGUGGGUGAGCGCAUCAGGGUGACCUUCCGGAACAACGCCAGCCGCCCCUUCAGCAUCCAGGCCCACGGAGUGAGUUACGCCCGGAGCGUGGAUGGGGCACGCUACGGCCCCGUGCCCAGAGGUACCGAAUCUCCAGCCUCUCACGUGAGUCCUGGUGCUACGUUUACGUAUGAGUGGAAUGUGCCAGAAGAUGUGGGUCCCACAGACCAAGACCCAGACUGUUUAACCUGGCUUUAUUACUCAGCUGUGGAUGCAGUCAGAGACACCAGUUCUGGCCUUGUGGGUCCUCUCCUGGUGUGCAGGAAAGGAACUCUUCUUUCUUCUGGGAAACAGAAAAAUGUGAACGUGGAGUUUUUUCUACUUGCCACAGUAUUUGAUGAGAAUCUGAGCUGGUACUUGGAUGAAAAUAUUUUGAUGUUUACAUUAAAUCCUGAUAAAACUGACAAAGAUGAUGAAGAUUUCCAAGAAUCUAACAAAAUGCACUCCAUUAAUGGUUAUAUGUAUGGAAAUCAGCCUGGUCUUGAGAUGUGUAAAGGAAGUGUGGUUUCUUGGCAUUUGAUGGGCUUGGGUUCAGAAGUUGAUGUCCAUGGGAUAUACUUCUCAGAAAACACAUUUGUAACUAAAGGAACAAGAAGGGAUACAGCAAAUCUGUUUCCACACACAUUUCUUACAGCUAUUAUGAACCCUGAUUCUGAAGGAAUUUUUGAAGUGUCCUGCCUGACAACAGACCACUACACUGGGGGCAUGAAACAGAACUACAGAGUGAAACAAUGCCACUGGUGGAAUGUAGAUCCAUCUCUGUAUUUGCAUGAAAAGACGUACUACAUUGCUGCAGUGGAAGUUGAAUGGGACUAUUCUCCUGACAGGACAUGGGAAUUUGAACGGCAUCAACACCAUGAGGAAAGCCCUGGCAAUCCAUUUUUAAAUAAAAAUGACAAAUUCAUUGGCUCAAAAUACAAAAAGGUAGUAUAUCGUGAAUACACUGAUCAGACGUUCAGUACUCCCAAAAACAGAGCAGAGGAGCAGCAGCACCUGGAAAUUCAAGGGCCACUGCUUAUGUCAAAUAUUGGAGAUAAAAUUAUAAUAGUUUUUAAGAACUUAGCAUCAAGACCUUAUUCUAUCCACGCCCAUGGAGUGAAAACAGACAGUUCUGCUAUUGCUGUAACUAACCCAGGUGAAACAAAAAUGUAUGUCUGGAAAAUCCCAGAGAGAUCUAGUCCUGAGAGAGGAGAUCCACACUGCAUUGCAUGGGCAUACCAUUCAACAGUGGACAUCGUUAAGGACACUUACAGCGGAUUAAUAGGCACACUUGUUGUGUGUCAUAGACAUUAUCUGCCAUCAUUUCAUACUAAAAAGAAAGUUCAAUUUGCUCUUCUUUUUAUGGUUUUUGAUGAAAACGAAUCAUGGUACUUGGAUGAAAACAUUAAAACCUAUUCUGCCAACCCACAUCUUGUUGACAAAGAGGAUGAGGACUUCCUUGAAAGUAAUAAAAUGCAUGCCAUUAAUGGAAAGGUGUUUGGAAAUUUGCAUGGCCUGAAUAUGCAUGUUGGAGAUAAAGUCAGCUGGUAUCUGGUGGGAAUGGGCAAUGAGAUAGACAUUCACACAGCACACUUCCAUGGCCACAGCUUUGACUACAAGCAAACAGGGAUUUACCGGGCAGAUGUCUUUGACCUGUUCCCUGGGACAUUUCAAACUGUGGAAAUGACUCCACAGAACCCUGGAACGUGGCUGUUACACUGUCACGUUACUGACCACAUCCACGCAGGCAUGGAAACAACCUACACUGUGCUCCCAAAGGAAGAUAAACGGUCUUUGUUCCCAAGAUUAUUCAAUCAGUUCAAGUGUAAAGGCAUGGCAGGCACACAAGAAUGAUGACAGCAUUUUAACACAGUGGUUCUCCAAGGUCUAUCUUCAGUGAACAUUUCUUGGAAAAUAUUCUCCUCUGGUCAACUCAUCUCCACGUAUGGUUUGGAAGAUUUCAUGUAGUGGCCACAGGUACCAAAAGGGCCAUAGACUAAGACAGUUGAAUGGAUAUGACAGCUCGUAAAUAUAUUUUUCUCUAAAUAAAAGUUGUAUCUUGCAAGCUAAACAUA